AUGACCUCUCCGCGCCCUUCCCCGACCUUUCCUCGGUCGCUGUCAGUUUCCACAGAACGUCGCAAUUCCCGAAGGGCCUCCGGACGUUCCAUUCCCUCCCCAAUCGACCCCGUUCCCGAGAGCCAGCAAGCCCCCGCUAUCACAGAAGAGAUCAGUGAGAUCAAGCGCUAUGAAGACUUCACUACCAUAGACUGGGUACAAGACGCUGUUUACGAGCAGUCGCGGCGGCGCGCGAAGCGGCGCAGCGGGACUAGAUUCUGGGACCAAGAAGGCAUCUUCGGAUGGAGACGAAAGGUGUGGGAGUCCUAUGAUGCUGGCCAAGCAUGGCUUGUCGUUACGCUCGUGGGAUUGGCAAUUGGAUUGAACUCGGCCGUGCUCAACAUCAUUACGGAGUGGCUCUCUGAUAUCAAACUGGGCCAUUGUACAACAGCAUUCUAUCUCAAUGAGAACUUCUGCUGUUGGGGCGCAGAGGGCGGUUGCCCGGAGUGGAAGCAUUGGACUUCAUUCUGGGUGUUCAAUUAUGUCGCCUAUCUAUUCGGCGCGUUGCUGCUCUCGUCUAUUGCUGCAAUCUUGGUCAAGUCAUUUGCGCCCUAUGCUGCGGGAUCUGGUAUUUCUGAGAUCAAAUGCAUCAUUGCUGGUUUCGUUAUGAAAGGUUUCCUAGGCACCUGGACUCUCAUAAUCAAAUCAAUUGCUUUGCCAUUGGCGAUUGCAUCCGGUUUGUCGGUUGGCAAAGAGGGGCCAAGUGUGCAUUUUGCAGUAUGCACAGGAAAUGUUAUCUCGCGCUUCUUUGGAAAAUACAAACGGAAUGCGUCGAAAACGAGGGAAAUAUUGACUGCAUCGGCGGCAGCCGGAGUAGCUGUUGCUUUUGGCAGUCCAAUUGGAGGCGUUUUGUUCUCCCUGGAGGAGAUGGCGAACUACUUCCCUCUGAAGACCCUUUGGCGCAGCUACUUCUGUGCCUUGGUCGCUACCAGUGUUCUUGCUGCCGUGAACCCUUUCCGAACAGGCCAAUUGGUCAUGUUCCAAGUGGAAUACGAUCGAACCUGGCACUUUUUCGAGCUUCUUUUCUUCGUCGGCCUCGGUAUCUUUGGUGGUCUCUACGGUGCAUUCGUGAUCAAGUGGAACCUUCGCGUUGCUGCGUUCCGCAAGAAGUACCUGUCACAGUGGCCGAUUACUGAGUCGGUCGUCCUCGCCGGACUCACCGCAGUGCUGUGUUUCCCGAACAUGUUCUUGAAGAUUAACAUGACUGAAAUGAUGGAAAUUCUCUUCCGCGAAUGUGAAGGUGGCCACGAUUACAACGGCCUAUGCGAAGCCAAAAACAGAUGGUCAAUGGUACUGUCUUUGGCCAUCGCAACUAUUCUUCGCACUGGACUGGUCAUCAUUUCCUAUGGUUGCAAGGUACCAGCGGGUAUCUUCGUACCUUCAAUGGCUAUCGGAGCUUCUUUUGGCCGUAUGGUUGGAAUUAUGGUGCAAGCUCUGCACGAGUCGUUCCCCAACUCAGCAUUCUUCGCCUCAUGCGAGCCCGAUGUUCCCUGCAUUACUCCCGGAACCUAUGCCUUCCUGGGAGCUGGCGCAGCCCUCAGUGGGAUCAUGCAUCUAACAAUCUCCGUGACAGUAAUCAUGUUUGAGAUUACCGGCGCCCUGACAUACAUCCUGCCGACCAUGAUCGUCGUAGGUGUCACCAAAGCUGUUGGCGACCGAUUUGGCAGCGGUGGUAUCGCCGACCGAAUGAUCUGGUUCAAUGGAUUCCCAUUCCUUGACAACAAGGAAGACCACGUUUUCAAUGUGCCUGUUUCCCAUGCCAUGACUACAGACCCGCUCUCAUUACCGGCGUCGGACUUCCCAGUUCGUGAAGCUGAGCAUCUUCUCAAUGACAACAAGUUCCAGGGCUUCCCUGUCGUCGAGGAUCGCACUUCCAAGACCCUUGUUGGAUAUAUCGGGCGGACUGAGCUCCGGUAUGCCAUCGACCGCGCUCGCAACGAGGGCAUGGUAGCCCCCAACGCUCGAUGUGUCUUCACUAAAGAGGCGGCCGAAGCAGCCGUUGCUCGGAGGGCAUCUGUACCUCACCACACACGUUCAAACACAUUCGAUGACAUCCAACGGAGUGUAGGGGCUAAUACCGUCGAUUUCUCACGCUACGUCGACCAUACACCACUGACUGUGCAUCCACGCCAUCCCUUGGAAACAGUCAUGGAGAUUUUCAAAAAGAUGGGGCCACGAGUGAUUAUCGUCGAGCACCGUGGCCGGCUCACUGGAUUAGUAACCGUCAAAGACUGCUUGAAAUACCAAUUCAAGGUGGAGGCCGAGGAAAAUCCGCUGGCAUCGACUUCACCGGAACUUUCGACGCUUGGCGGACGUUCGAACACUCCAGCCCCGGAGGCUAUAGAAGAGCGUCUGUGGCGUCUUAUUCAAAAAGUGGCUAGGUUCGUAUCUGGCAAAGCUUACCGCCGACCGGUGCGACUUCGUGAGCGCAACACUGGGCGAACGGAGCCUUUGGGAAUAAUGGAUGGAACCGAGGAGGAUGCAGUCGUGGAGCUAGAAGACCGAGAGGACCGUCCUAUGAUUCCAUGA